AUGGUGAUGGAGACGGAGACGGAGAUGGAGAAGGAGAGGUUGACGGCCAUGGUGAUAGAGAAAGUUGUGGUAAUGGAGAAGGAAAAGGAGUUGGAGAUGGAGAUGGUGAUGGAGAAGGAGAGGUUGACGGAUAUAAAAGACAUUGCCCCCCCCCGGGAGCCCAGCCUGAUGUGCCGGUCCAACAACUACCCCAUCGGCUUCUACUGCAGCUGGCACCUGCCCAGCCCGACCUACAUUCCUGACACCUUCAACAUCACCAUCAUACACGACUCCCACGACCCCGCGUGCGCAAAGGAGGGGACGCGGGGGAUUCAGAAAACAGUCAAACCAGAUCCCCCCGAAAAUGUGAUUGCCAAACCGAUCCCCAACAACGCCCGGAGGCUGCUGGUGACGUGGCAGUACCCUUCCUCCUGGCCGGAUCCGGAUUCCUUCCCCCUCAAGUUCUUCUUGAGGUACCGACCGCUCAUUAUCGACCAGUGGCAGCACGUGGAGCUAUCCGAUGGGACCUCCCACAUCAUCACCGAUGCCUACGCUGGGAAAGAGUACAUCAUCCAGGUGGCCGCCAAGGACAACGAGAUCGGCACAUGGAGCGACUGGAGUGUGGCCGUCCAUGCCACACCGUGGACCGAAGAGCCGAAACAUCUCACUACUGAAGCCCAGGGAGCAGAGACCACCACCAGCAGCACCUCCACAUUUGAGGUUCCCCCCACCACCAAGAUGUAUGACUCAGAGGAACAAAGCAGUGAUGAAGCCGUGUCACCUUCUGUGGUCCCAGCUCUGGUCUUGGUGGCAUUCGCCCUUCUCUUAAUCUAGACGAGUCCUCGGAGAGCCAGGCGCUCCCGGAUCCCCCCUCCUCCGCUCUCGCCCACCCACCACAACCUGCCCUGGAUGGAGCCAAGGACUUCUCCGCGCCAGGCGAGAUGGCGGGUGGGACAGGAGGGAGCCGCCCUCCGGAGCGCACCAGGGAGGAGCCCCCAGGCUCGGGUCAUACAGCUAAGCCACCAAGCCAAAGAUGCUUCCUUCGGCCACCACAGUAGGACCCUCAAAGCGUGUGGACAGGGCAGCUCAGACCGGGGGCCCCGAGGGCCACACGGAGCUGGGAGCUCUCUGCUUUUCUGAACUGGGAGAAGACGAACCUCGGCGAGUCCUCGGCUGAGCAAGACGUGGAAGUUGUGGGGAGGGACCCUCCCAGACCCCCUCUGGGAACCCCAAGACUUCCGUGGUGGAGAGGGUGGGGUCUUUCUCUGCCUGCACUGACAUCAUCGUCGCCGAAAGAUGGGGGCUGUUCCUGGACCAUCCCCCAUUGCCUCCCCCUCUUUGUAAUGGAGUCUGUUUGGUUUAUACAAGGAUCACUGAGGUUUCUGUACUGCUCUUAUUAUGGGGGGUGGAGGGUGGAGGGUGGGAUCCACAUCGGGGGUGGGGUCUGUAGCUAAGCCGAGACACCCCACUGACCCUCCUCAGCUCAUCCUCCUCCCCCCCCAACCUGUUUUGUAACACUCCCCUUCUCUCCUGCCCCAGAACCCACUUCCGAUCUCGCCCCUCUCCCCCGUUGGGGUGCAGCAUUUCAGACCGUAAGCCCCUCUAACCUCCCCCCUUCGAACGUAUGCUGUCUUUGAACUUUUUAUAGAUGUACAUAAAAAUUUUAAGACUCAACGUGCACACAAACCCACACCCACACCGGAAAGGGGAGGGGGAGGGGGAGCCCAGCGGAGAAGAGGCUCAUUAAAUGUGACCAUUUCAUUACAACUUU